AUGCUGACAAAGAUCCCUGUGGAAGUUUUGCUGCGUUUCAUAUUACCUCUGAUACAGCCGUAUGCGGUCGAUUUCACGAGUAAAACAUCUGCGUUGAGUGAUGAAGCGAUACGAUUGCUCUCCUAUAUUAUGAGUGUUGCACCGUGGAAGAGGUGUGUGAUCAUUUUAUCGAGUGAAUUUUUUGCAGACGAUUCGACAUGA